AUGUCUGGACGCCCGGACGUUGCAUCACCAACCACUGUUGCGGCUAUCGCGGAACACAGCGAUGAACACUUAUCACGCAAAGUGCGCACAUGCGGCAAAGUGCUGUCGUACGACUGCGAGAACGCAAGAAUGCUGCUAUGGAGCGGCGAACAUGCACUGCUUGUUGAUACCAAACUUUGCAUACAUGCCUCGGGCGCAUGGCUUAGAGAGCCCUACACGAUCGUCGUUGUGAUAGGGUAUGUCGAGCGUCUCGAUAAGCAACACUUCGAGAAGGCUGAGCGCACCAUGCCAGCUCCCACUGCGUUGCCUGCAGGGAAUCUCGCAGUGUCGGAGGUGGUUCAGAUCCAAGCGCUCUUGAUCAAGGUCGAUCCAUACAUCGACCUCCGCGAAUGGGAAGAGGACUGCGAGGGACUUCCAGGCUACCUCCAACGCCUUCAAGCCGCCAGAAGCAAGCGCGCAGUGACGCACGACUGA